AUGUCACGACGCCGCCCCGGCCACUUCCUCCCCUUCCGCAUCCCAUUCUUCCGCAUCUUCUACAGCACCACCUACACCACCCUCUACAUCCUCUGCCUCGGCAUGCUCGCCAUCCCGCCGGCGUCAAUGAUCUGGUCCGCCAUCCAGAACCAAGCGUACCAAUACGUGAUUAUGAUUGGGGGGACGUACAUCCUCACGGCGCUGAUCGCCAUCUUCAUCUACGCCAGCCGGCUGUACACGAAUCGCACGGUGUUGGCGGGCGUGGGGAAAGCGUAUAUACCGAUCGAGGAUGGAGAGCUAGGCAGGAGCGUGAGGAAGAUGAUUGUGAAGCAGUUGGAGCGGAGUGCGAUUGUGGCCUGGGAGAGUAGGCCACGCGACUUGCUGGGAGAGAUCUUGGAGGCGGAGACGGUGGGCGUCCUCCCCCCCGAGGCAGAGGGCUUGACACGCAAUGACUACACGGUGGGAAGGGAGAUAUCGGUGGAUCCCGCGCACCCGCCGUGGGGACACGUGCAGCAUGCUGGGUGGUCCUCCCCGAGCCAUUUUGAGGAGAACUCCACGCCGAACCUGCAUUUCGCCAUGGUGAUCGAUGAGCUGCCGAACCUGAUUGAAGCGAAGGCCGUUGCUCUGGCGCCUGCUGAGGAGACUGCGGUGCCUGCCAAUGGUCCACCGAUGGCUGAUCCCGUGGUGGCGGAUGUUCUGCGCAGACCGGAAACCAUGAGCAUGCGCGACUACCUCACGCAGCUGUCCUAUCUUGGCCUCGUCAAUCCAUUGGAACUGGGACAGAGGUUUCUGAUGCAGUACGAAAGGGCUCGAUUCGGCAGCUCACCGGUUACGGAGCAGGAGUUUCACAGUCUCAUGGCUGAUUUCUCGGAGCUACUGAGUGGUAUGGCCGAACUCGACGCUGCUAUUAUCGAGCAAAUCCGCGAGCAAGCAGGAGAGAAAGCUUCCGCGCUGGAUGAAACAGAAGACGACGAUGCAUCACUCACGGCAACAUCUACACUCCACAGUCCUGUCACAGCUCGUACGGCGCCGUCUAGAUCCACUACGCCAUACAUCAACCAGAACCUGGAGAGCGAGGAGAGUGUUGGCUCCGUAAUCCAUCAAGUUCCACCCGAAAGCAAAGAUCGGUCACCCACUGAAGCAGAGGAAGCUUCAAUCGCAGAUUCGGGCAGUAUUUUGAGUAUGGAGACUGACACUGGAAGCGUAUUGAGGCACAGGCCUAGUUCUGGAAAUGGCUGA